CUACUUGUGCUGUGUCUUUGUUUUUCUUUCACAUUUCUAGCAGGCAGAGAGAGCAUCAUGGAGCUCAAACUUGUAUUCCCCAUUGCCUUCCUCUUCUGUCUCUCUCGUGUGAGCUCUACCUCGCAGUUUUUCACCUCGAUGUUUUCUCUUGGAGACUCGUACAUCGACACCGGCAACUUCGUCAUCAUGGCCAGUCCGGUUGUGCCCGUGUGGAAUGACAAGCUUCCUUACGGCAUGACCUUCUUUGACCAUCCUACAGGCCGCAUGAGUGAUGGGAGAGUCAUCAUCGAUUUCAUUGCCGAGGAAUUUGGGCUCCCUUUCCUUCCAGCCUCCCUGGCGAAUAGCUCAAGUGUCUCCCAUGGCGUAAACUUCGCAGUCGGCGGCGCGCCGGCGACUGGCGUUGAAUACUUCGAGAAUAACAAUAUUGUGCCGUUUAAGCUUCUGAACAAUUCUUUGGACGUGCAGUUGGGUUGGUUUGAGGAGCUCAAGCCAUCCAUUUGCAACAGCACUGAUGAAACCAAUGGGCUAAAUUGUUUUGGUAAAACCCUUUUCAUCGUCGGAGAGUUUGGGGUAAAUGACUACAACUUCAUGUGGAUGGCGGGAAAGCCCAAACAAGAGGUCGAUUCGUAUGUCCCUCAAGUCGUGAAAAAAAUCACCACAGCCGUUGAGAGGCUCAUCACCCAAGGUGCAGCUUACGUGGUGGUGCCAGGGAACCCGCCAACAGGAUGCGCACCAGCACUUCUCACGUCUCGCAUGAGCCCCAAUAAGACAGAUUACGAUGGCCUCGGCUGCUUGCGUUUCAUCAAUGACGUGGUCGAACGCCACAAUACAAUGCUUCGUGCGGCUCUUGGCGUGCUCAGGGGCAAGUAUCCCCAUGCCAAGAUAAUCCUCGCUGACUUCUACAAUCCCAUCAUUCGAGUCCUCCAGAAUCCCAGCCAUUUCGGAGUCGCCGCCGAUGGCGUUCUCAAGGCUUGCUGCGGCACCGGCGGCGCCUACAACUGGAACGCCAGUGCCAUCUGCGCCAUGCCCGGAGUGGUCGCCUGUCAGGAUCCAUCUGCCGCCGUCUCCUGGGACGGUGUCCACUACACGGAGGCCAUCAACAGCUACAUCGCCCAGGGGUGGCUCCAUGGCCCUUACGCUGAUCCCCCAAUUUUGGCUGCUAUCCCCCACUGAUUUGCUGAAAGGAUUGAUCAAAACCAUGGAAGAAUAAUAAUCCAGGCAGAUUGUGUGGCAAGUCUGUAUACCGUGUGCAAUCGAUCGAUCUGUGGUUUGACAAUUGACAUUCAGAUUAUGCUCAAGAAAUAAAUAAGUGUAAUACAGUGUGUGCACACCACAGUUUGUAAAAGAGAAGAAAAUCAUUUUCUAAUUAACCAUCCUGGUUCUGAGUGCUAUCCUGAUC